AUGAAGGUCUGUAAAGCAAUUCUGUACUUCGCAGUGAUCGUAAUUUGUUUAUCCGCUUUCACGGGUAUCUACUUGGGCAAACCAAAUAAAAUUGCAAGAGGCUUCGAUAGUGACGCUUAUGCUUGUGGAGUAGACCCAGGUUUGGAGGAUUAUCCAUACGCUUACUUCGUUAAUCCUGUUCCAGAAUACAAAUAUCGAAUUGUGUGUGUGAAAUAAUGUCCGACAUCUGACACCCAAGAGUUGGACUGUGCACCCAACACUCAAAUACCUGACUGUAAGAAAUUGACCUCGGUGUUGUACCCUGAAAAAAUGGUUAGUUACUAUGAGUCAUUCAAAUACAAAGGGAAUGUGUGUAUGCCCACUUCAUUGGAAUAUUAUCAAGGAGUCAAAGACUUCUCAUCUCCAGGAAUGCUAGGGAUGAUUAUCAAUGAUGUCAUGUAGACUUGGCAUAUCAUUGCGUUAAUAAGUUGUUUCAUUAUAUUUGUUUGCACAAUCCUGUUGGAUCAAUUAAAAGCUAACACAACAUAUGUAGUCUGGGCAUUCUCCUUGUUUUCUUUACUUAUUGUGGGCAUUAUUGGCAUCUAUUUCAUUUCCUAAUGGAAUUUUGCGAGAAACUAUGAAACUGAAUAGGCUAUCAUUAAUAAUUUCAAGGUCGAUGAAGAUUACAUAUACAAAAUGACUAACAAACCUAAUGAGACCCUGAAUUUUGUAUUUGGAUGCAUUUUUGUGUUAACAUUUUUGUAUGGAACAUAUUGGCUCUACAAAAAUUCAGAUAGAGUGUAAGAUUUGGCAGACAUUUUUGAAUACGUUGAAUAGUUUAUGGCAGAUAAUCAAUUUUUACUACCCUUAAAUUAUGUAUUCUUGGGAUUCUUAAUUUCCUUUAUAUUACUUUUGUUGCUCACUUGCUUGUUUCUAGGUUCUACAUUCAAACUAAAGAGUGAUUCAAAUUUGGGUCCAUUUGAAAAAAUCGAAUUAAAUACAAUUAUUACACUGUCUACCAGUUCAGUCAUUAUUUUUGUAAUAUGGAUCAUCUAUAUCAUCAAUGGUUGUUACUUAUCAAUCAUCUUCAGCAAUUUUAAAAUUUGGGUCAACAAUAAGAUUAGUCCCAAUCAACCUCAAAUAGGAGAUCCCCUUGAAUUAGGUAUGCUGAUACUCUACUGCUCUAAUGCUGUCCAAAAUCUAAAUCUAUAAGUUAUCAGCAAGAUCUCAUUCAUAUUAUUGUUUUCUCCGGUCAAAUUUAUUUUAGACUUUAUCAAAGAUACCAUCGAUAAUUUAUUUAAGGUAAGGUGCAAUCCAUUCAAAUCAUUGUCAACCAUUGAAGAAGUGUUGUAUUAUGAAGUCGAUCUAAAUCAAGAUGAUAUCGGUCCUGCUGUUUAAAAAAUUAAGGAUUCAUUAGAAAUUAAUGAAGAUGGGGAAGCAUUGAACACUUUCGAAAUCAUUAGAAAUAUUAAUGACUUCUUUUUAUUGAUCGUCAAGGUAUUUGCUUGCCUUAUUUGUGUUUCUUUGUUCUUGGCAAUUCUACUCAUAAUAAACUCGAUCAAAUAACAAUUUCCCAUACUUUAACAAAGCAUUUAGAUUAAUCUAUAUUAACCCUUAAUACCUGCUUUUAUUGUUGGAAUCAUUGGAUUCUAAAUUGCAUAAAUCUACUUCAGUUAGUACUCUGUGGUUCAGUGUUUUGGAUAUGUUUAUAUUGCUGCCUAGACCGAGGCUUAGAACGAAUAUAACUCUUAAAAAAAUAACCAUUAAGGACCUAAUAAAUUUGGAAUUGGAGAUUUUUUAUAAUCAAACACUCAAUAGUUACUUAGAUAUUUGAAUUUGAGGAACAAAUUCCCAGAAUUAAAAUAAAUGAUAGAAAGAUCUCUGCCAGAUUUACAAAGGAGAAACUAAUAAUAAUAAAAUAAUGUUUGA